AUGGAUCUCUCCGCCGUCCAGGCCGCCCUCUCCGACAAGUCCUACUCCGCCCUUGCCCCCCUCUGCGAUGAGCUCCUCCUCCAGGCCGCGUCCAAGGGAGCCACCACCGACGAAUGGCCCUACUCCGUCCACCUCCUCGCCCACCUCUACGUCAAUGACCUGAACAGCGCACGGUUCUUCUGGAAGUCGUUGCCGCAGGAGGUGAAGGAAACGCGGCCGGAGCUCGCCGCGGUCUGGAGGAUUGGUCAGUGCCUCUGGAACAGAGAUUAUGCUGGCGUCAACACGGCUGCACAGGGGUUCGAGUGGGGCCCUGACCUCGCUGAAUUCAUCACUGCCUUCCUAGAGAGCUACAGACAGAGGAUAUUCAAGCUGUUGACUUCUGCGUAUUCCACAAUUAGCGUGGCUGAUGUGGCUCAUUUCAUGGGGAUGAGUGAGGAGGAUGCUACAAACUAUGCUGUGCAAUACGGUUGGAGCUUGGAUGCAGCGACCAGGAUGCUUACUGUCAAAAAGCUAAAGGCUCAGACCAACCAGAAGCUUGACGCGAGCAAGCUGCAGCGUUUGACUGAGUGUGUUUUCCACCUUGAGCACUGA